AUGCAGUCGUUUAUGUCAGAAAGCAUCUCCAUGAAUGUGGCUGUUCGGUGCAGCCUGCUUGCCUUCAGCUUUGCCUUUGCGCUAGCUGCAGCGGCGACGCCACUGCAUGUGGGCACCCUCACAUUGGUAUUGUACGUGGCAGGCAUAUUGGCCUAUGCAGGUGCGAGUUGCACGUGUGCGAGCCGCAAAGCCAGCGCUUGGAGAUCAGGUCUUGAGACAUCUGAUUCUGUUGAGGUGGCAGAAGUUGCCAUUGCAAGUGGCACGCAGUGGAUACUGAUUUGUGGCGGCGAAGCCUGUCGCGAUUUUCUGGGCGCCCGGCUUGGUGCACGGUUGGAGCUCCAACCGAACGCGCUUGCCUUCUUUUCCAGUGGGCACUUCAAGCUCCAGUCCGACUUUAGACCAGAAGCUGCGGUCCAUCAAAAGCCGAUAGGUCACUUCCCGGGUGUUGACUUGCUGCAGCUGCAAAAGGUCAUGCACUUGGACAGAGAAGCCAUCGACACCUUGGCCAAUUUCACCACGUUUCUCCGAUGUGUCGACAAGAAACGUUUAGCUCGCAAAAGGGGCGCUCCAGUUGACGUGGUUGUUGUCACCUCCUCUUACCAUGUCCCACGGGCCAAGACGAUUGCCACAUUGGUGCUGGGCUCCAGAGGGCUGUCAUUCCAUUUCGCGGAGGCGCCGGCCCAGGGUGUUGAAGAGAAGGAAGACAUGGAUCGGCGUAGCCUCCGAGAGGGCAGCUUUCGAUGUGCCCGUGAUGCACUCCGAGCUCUUGUCUGGCUCUUGUCGAGCUUUGAAGGUGAUUGCCUCGCUGGUCUUCUGCAUCAGAAUCGGCGGGCCUUCCGUUCAUGGUACAGGGAGCAAGCAGAAGGACGUAAGGAAGUCGAGCUUGCCGCAGCUUCCCUGCUGGCCGAAGCCAUUAGAAGCAAAUCUCCCGUGUAUGUGGGUUUCGAGAUAGCCUGGGCAGCUCAAGACACGCCAGAGGACAAGAAGCCAGCAUGUCCUGGCCAUGUGCUGCUGCAUGGCCGCUGCUGCCUGCCCAGGCGGAUGGAGUUCUUCUGUGGACUCUUCGACGCUCUCCCUCACUUCGUGCAACCAAGUGAGGAACUGCUUGGUUAUGCAGAGGCUUCCACGGUCGUGGAUGUGCUUGGCAACGACGUGGUCACUCGAGCGGCCUUGCAUGCUCUGCUGGUGCGCAACCGACUCAGGCCGACUGAGGCUGCUGUCUUCAUUCUUGGUCAUGGUGACUGCUGUGGCACGAGGAGGGAGCUCCUCCUCGCGGUCCCGUUAUGCACAAACCUUGUUGUGGAACUCUGCCGAGUUCCACCGGCAACCCAGGCGCGGCCCGAUGGUCAAGUUUUCUUGGUCUUGGAUGGCUUGGUGGAGGGCCCUGGCAGCCAGAUGAAGAGGAUCGAGAAAAGUGCGAGCGGUCAUCGGCUGACUCCAGAGGAAUUUUCUGAGUGCUUGGCAGAAUUGCACAGCACUGCCCAUAGCCAUCGGUACUUCUUCCCGUCCAAAGAGACGAAUCACGACUGGAUCUACAGCUACGGCGUCGAUCGACUACCCAUGGCCGUCCAGAAAGCGUCACAGCCCAUGUGGCAGCGCAAGAAGCCUAAGAAGAUGACAUCGCUGAUAUUUCAAGACACGCACAUUAGUAUGCUUGUUGAGCCGCAUGUAUCAUGGAAGAAGAUCCUUCCAUUUCUGAAGGAACGUCAGACAGAGUUUUCAGAAGAAGCGAGACGCAGUAUAAUGACAGUCACAUUCAAUUGUGCUUCCCAGAAACCCAUGGUGCACGACAUCCAAAACUUCUUCGUGGAGAGCGAGCCAUCGCCAGACAUUGUUUUCGUGGCACUCCAGGAGACGUGCCCAUUGGCGCUUGCAAUCGACGUGACGGAGAUCGCCAGUGCACAAUAUCACAAAGCCUGGAGCUCUUCAGUCACAGCAGCCGUGAAGCGUCGAGGCGAGUACCGGCUUGUGGCCGACUAUGCCAUGGUUGGAUUGCAGUUGCUGCUAUACGUUCUUGAGGAUUUGGCACCACAGGUGUCCCAGACUUGCUGGGGAUCCGCCCGCUGUGGGACACUGGGAGCUGGCAACAAGGGCGCAGUGGCUUUUGGACUUGUCAUGGGAUCCACGUCCUUCUGCUUCGUCAAUGCGCACUUAGCAGCUGGCGAGAGCACCUCGAGCUCACAGGAGAGAUCUCAGGACUUCGACUACAUCAUACAGACAUUGCGCCUGACGGGCAGCUCCGCAGAUUGCACGGUGGGCCCUGUGGAUGUACGAGAUGCUCGCAAUAUCUUUGAGCACGACCUCGUUGUUUGGGCAGGCGAUUUGAACAUGCGACUCUGGCGGGACGUGGAGAUGACAGAUGUGAUGCAUCGGACCGAGGUUGUGUCGUUGCUACAGCAGCACCAGCUGCAACGAUUGCUUGAGUGCGAUGAGUUGCACCGUCGACGACUUGCCAGUGGUUCCUUUGCGGCUUUUGAAGAAGCUCCGAUCCACUUCCGCCCAAGCUACAAAUUUUGCCCGAUGCCGAGCAAGUCUAACAAAGACGAAACAAUGCAAGAAGCAAAGCUCCUUGAAGCUCUGUGUGGUCAGUAUGAUGACAAGCGCACGCCUGCGUGGUGUGACCGCGUGAUAUGGCGUGCCCGUCGAAAGGUCAAGCAAGAAGGCUUGCUGCGAUAUGAGCUGCUUGACAGCACGACGUUCUCCGACCAUCGACCAGUCAGGCUAUGCAUGCAGAUCUGCAUGCACGAAAUGAGCCUGGAGGACCUGAGGCGUGUAUGCUCGGAAUACGAGCUCAAGCGCAGUGCUUCGCUUCGCCUUAUGCGGAGUGGAUCUUCUUUUGAAGAGGCGGCUGAAGAAACAGAGGCAUCUCUGACCAAGGCUGCGUUGUGA